UGUGUGCUGUCAAAACCCGACAUUAGACUUGGUUUAUUAUGGUUUAUAAUAUCUAGUAACCUUACUACUAGGUAUGCAUUUUCGUCACAUAUUGCGGACGCACUUCAUCGGGACCAGAGUUUCUCACCUCAGCCGUAUACACCAUGUUUGUCGAGUCGAGAGACAACUGUGCACCAGAAGUGACGAGGUGAGGCUGGCAGAGGAGGCCAGCAAGAAAUAUGGCUCCCCAGCUGCAACCAUCUUCUCCAAAGUGAUUGACAAAAGCAUCCCUGCUGACAUCAUUUAUGAAGAUGAGAAGUGUUUGGCAUUCAGAGACAUCAGCCCACAGGCCCCUGUUCAUUUCCUGGUUAUUCCCAAGGUCCCUAUUCCCAGAAUAAGUGAGGCCAAAGAUGAUGAUGCUGAACUCUUGGGGCAUUUGUUGAUUGUCGCUAAAAAUGUGGCAAAGCAAGAAUCUCUAAGUGAAGGGUACAGAGUGGUGAUCAACGAUGGGAAACACGGAGCUCAGUCUGUCUACCAUCUUCACCUUCACAUCCUGGGAGGCAGACAGAUGACGUGGCCACCUGGAUAAUAUACAUAUACAUAUCUGUUGAUAUGUCUUCUGUCUUUUUUCAUGCUCAUUUAUCUUUUUAAUCCAGCAAUCUUGACAUUUUUUUUAGGAUUGAGAACGUAAUCCCGUUUGUUGGGCUGAUGCUCUCUUCAGUGAUCAUAAUGUGACGAGUAAAUACGUUGAUCGAAAUGUAAAAACAAAUGUAAAGACAUUAUGUUUGAUACCCCUGAUUAUUACAAUAAACAAAAAAAUCCUAUAUUGAAGACUGAAAAUUCAA